AUGGCAAAGCAUGGAUCUCUCCUGUAUGCUUUCUCCAUUAUUCUCGUGCUCGCUGUGAGCUUACUGUCUGAAGCCACUGAUCAGGAAGAUAGAAAGACAUAUAUUGUCUACUUGGGAUCACUUCCUAAGGAUCGGUUGUUCUUGCCAUUGUCUCACCACGUUGGUAUUCUUGAAAGCAUUACAGAGAGCAGCUCUCCAUCGAAUCUCUUGGUCAGAAGCUACAAAAGGAGUUUCAAUGGAUUUGCUGCCAAGCUCACUGACCGAGAAAGAGAAAGGCUUGCUAACAUGGAGGGAGUCGUCUCUGUGUUUCUGAGCACAACUUACCAACUCCAAACAACACGUUCUUGGGAGUUCUUGGGUUUCAGUGAGAAGGUCAAACGAAACCCUACUGUCGAGAACAAUGUUAUUGUUGGUGUCAUCGACAGUGGGAUUUGGCCUGAAUCAAAUAGCUUUAGUGAUGAAGGUUUUGGGCCAGCUCCCAAAAAGUGGAAAGGAGUUUGCAAAGGUGGCUUCAAUUUCACUUGCAACAACAAGCUCAUUGGAGCAUGGUAUUACAUUGAUUCCACCGCUAGAGAUGAAGUAGGACAUGGAACUCAUACUGCCUCAACAGCAGCAGGGAAUCCCGUAGAGCGUGUGAGCUUUUAUGGACUAGCGCAAGGCACUGCAAGAGGAGGAGUUCCCUCAGUGAGGAUUGCUGCAUAUAAAGUUUGCGGUUCAGAAGGGUGCAGUGUAGAUGGGAUCUUGGCUGCUUUUGAUGACGCCAUUGCCGAUGGAGUUGACAUCAUUACAAUUUCAACUGCAAGUGAAACUGCUCCCCCGUUCCAUGAGGAUCCUAUAGCAAUCGGUGCUUUUCAUGCAAUGGAGAAAAGGAUACUUACCUCGAAUUCUGCAGGCAAUUAUGGCCCUGCAGAGCGUUCUGUAUCAAGUGUAGCACCAUGGAUUCUUUCAGUUGCAGCAAGUAGCACAGAUCGUCGAAUCAUUGACAAGGUUGUUCUUGGAAAUGGAAGGACACUUGUCGGUAGUUCAGUGAACACUUUGGAAUUAAAUGGAAUGAGUUAUCCGUUGAUAGAAGGAAAGGAUGCGUUAAGAUCAAGUGGAUGCGUGGACUGUGAAGACGGUUGCCUAGACCCUGAUUUAGUUAAGGGAAAGAUUGUGGUAUGUCGCCAGGCAAAUGGCAGCAUCGAAGCUCAUCAUGCCGGUGCAAUAGGUGCAAUUACAAGCACUACCGGAUCUGAUGUAUCAUUCAUUGUCCCACUACCUGCCACAAGUUUUAGUAGCAAAGAUUAUGAUGUGGUGCAUUCCUACCUCAACUCCACAGCUAAACCUCUAGGGAACAUACUAAAAAGUGAAGUCAUAAAAGACCUUGCUGCACCCACUGUCGCUUCCUUCUCUUCGCGGGGGCCUAAUAAUAUUUUACCCGAAAUUAUCAAGCCAGACAUAACUGCCCCGGGGGUUGAAAUUUUGGCUGCAUUUUCACCUGUUGCUUCUCUGACAGAUAGCUCUGAAGACCUGAGGCAUGUAAUGUCUUGCCCGCACGUAGCUGGUGUUGCUGCGUAUAUCAAGACAUUCCACCCCAACUGGUCUCCAGCUGCCAUCAAAUCGUCUAUCAUGACCACGGCUGGGCCUGUGAAUAACACCAGCAAUUCCACCGGUGAAUUUUUGUAUGGUUCUGGACAUAUCAAUCCUCUAAAAGCUGUAGAUCCGGGGCUUGUGUACGAAACUUCUAAGGAUGAUUAUAUUAAGUUGCUCUGCUCGAUCUUGGAUGAGGCGAGUGUUUGACUUAUAUCAGGCGAUGACCACCCUUGCUCUGCAAAGACCGGGAAAAAUUCUCCUAAGGAUCUCAACUACCCUUCAAUGGCUGGUACUGUUGCACCGGGGACUUCUUCGUUUUCGCUUAAGUUUCGUAGGACAGUUAAAAAUGUUGGCCUUGCAAACUCGACAUAUAAGGCAAAUAUCAUCUCGAAGUCUGGAGUUGACAUCAAGGUGGUGCCUCAAGUUCUUUCCUUCAAGUCCUUGAACGAGGAGAAGACAUUCGACGUGACAGUUUCCGGAAGAGGUAUGCCAUAUGGAUCACAUGUAUCUGCGUCGCUGGUGUGGACCGAUGGUACUUACAGUGUUCGAAGUCCAGUUCUUGUAUUCAGCCUCUAA